AUGCGCACAUGCAUUUACGCAAAACUUUUCAUGCACAUGUUUUAUUUCGUUAUCCAAAAUCGUAUUACUAACUGUAUUGCACUAUAUAUAUUUGUGGGUAUUUGUAAUUCGAUUUGCAGAUAUACAAAUGGUUUUGCAUACGUAAAAUUUAUUAUAAUUUGGUUAUUUUGUAUUAUGAUGGAUAUAAUCAUUGGUUUUCGGUUUGAACUUCUUUAUCCAAUUUGGUUGAUAAUUCGCUAUAUUUAUGAUUCGUGUAAAUUUAAAGGAAUUCUUAAUUCAUUUCAUUCACCCGCAUUUGUGAUAUUUUUUGUAUUUGCAACGGCGGUUGCUGAUUUUAUCUGCUAUAUAUUAAUUCCGGUGCAACUGAUAUUGUUUAUUGCAAGUUCAUACGUAUGGUUAUAUCUGAUAUAUCAAAUUGGUAUUUUUUUUCGCAAUUUAGUGAUUCGAUUGAAAAAUCUUAAAAGUUCGAGAGAGAGAGUACGUAAGAAAGUUUUCGUAGUAUUUUCAGAACGGGGACUCGGUACUAGUCACUUAUUAAUAUCUUUUUUAUUAAUAAUUCUGGAAUAUAAUUGGCGAUAUCGAGGUGAAUCAUUUUUCGCACCUUUUCGAGGAACAGCUCUUGGUUAUUUGAUCAGUUUGUUUGUUGGCAAGUAUUUUUUGUAA